CAACAAAACAGCUGUCCGUGUGCCUGGAGAAUCGCGAAGAUAUUGGCUGUAUUUAAGAAAGGGGAAGAAAGUGAUCCUCACAAAUACAGCCCCUUUAGCCUGACCUCUGCAGAACACAAGGGUUUAGAACACAUUGUGAAGGAAAGAAUAAAGACGUGGAGGUAAAUGAGAUAAAAUGCACCACGGGUUUACCAACGGCAGAUCGUGCCUGACUAACCUGGUGUCUUUCUUUGAUAAGAGACCUGAUUCUCUAGAGGAGGGAAAUGUGGAAGAUCUAAUCUAGCUGGACGUCAGUAAACGAUGCAGGUGGGAAAUUCCUAGUUAACUGGAGAAGACGGGAUUAGCACAGAACUGGCGUGGGCAAGGAGCUGACGAAAGGGGAGAUGGCCACGGGUUGUGCUGGAAGGGGGAGGGCCGGGCUGGAGGGAGGUUCCUGGUGGUGUUCCUCUCGGAUCAGUCUUGGGACCACUCUUAUUGGCUGUUUUGAUUGGUGACCUUGGCACAGGAAGUAGGAGUGAGCUAAUGAAAUUUGCUGAGGACACAAAGUUGAGCCAUUUUGUUUCAAAUGUAGCUACGAACAAAAGUAAAGGUAAAACCAGCUGGAAACCGAAGGUUUUGCUCCACCUGAAACGACAGUCUGUGUGUGUGUCUUGGCCACUGAAUCCAAAGCUCCAUCGUUCACCCAGCACGAGCCCGAAGGUAGCACAGCGCGAGAGUCAGAGGCAGCGCAGUGGCUGAGGGGCUGGGUCCUGCUGCCACUGAUGUCGGGGAGCAGGAUCAGGCCCUUCCGUCUCCCGUGCGCAUCAGACAUUGGCCAGGCAGCAGGUUCUUCCCUGGCGAAACCCCAGGGGGGCCCACAGGACAUUAGGGUGAACUCUGAACAGCUCCGCUCGACCGCCUGCGGCCUGGGAGAGACAACGCUGGCCUGUUACCACAGGCUGUUUGCCUUCGAAGGGCGAAUCGCCCCAGGAGGAGCAACGGGCGCCCAGCAGCCCAGUCACACAACUGCAGGAGAACCGCGUCCUGCUCCACUGCGGCUCCCCGCUGUGCAGGCCCGGGGUGGGCUGGGUUAAUGGGCUGAGGGCGUGGACGUGGCGAGGAGGCUUUAGAACAGUUAAUAAAUAUUUACCCGCCUAAACCUUGCAGCAACUCCCUGCAGCUUCCUUCCUGUGCCUCCCUUCUCUGCGGUAAUGACAGAGCCUCUCCAGCAAGAGCCACCAGCUUCAGUCCUAAGGUGCUGAACGCUUGGCCUCAAGGGUCAGGCCGGGACCCUGCAUUCCCGGGGCUGGGGUGGGGAGAGCACAGCAAGGACAGCUGCUCCCCUCCCAGGAGGGCGGUUCAACUGUCUCCUCCAAGUGAUCUGGGCUCUUGUCUCCUGCACAGCCACAGCCAAGGACGGUGAGUGUCCGGCCGAAAUGAAGGGGCCCGCACGACCCCCCCAGGCCUACUGUCUCUCGGAUGAGUCCUGCCCAGGGAGCGAGAAGUGCUGCAGCGAAGGGGACAGGAGAGUCUGCGUCCUCCCGGAUUCAGUGCACCCGGGGUAUUGCCCCAAGCCAGACGCAGGCCUGGUCACCAUCUGUCUUGUGAGCUGCUCCGAUGACACGCAGUGCUCCAUGGACGAGAAGUGCUGCACCAUCGGCUGCCACAGAAAAUGCACCAAAGCUGAGCCAGCCUCCCCGGGCGUUUGCCCCAAGAGGAAAGUACUGCAGCCAUUUGCUCCUUGCAACAACAAGUGUGCAAGCGACAGGAGCUGCCCUAGGGAACAGAAAUGCUGCUUUACCGGCUGUGGCCUUGACUGUGUCCCUCCACAAGCAGGUGCCCUCAGCACCGCCCUGCCGCCCGCCCAGUCCGGAGAGGGCUGGGACUGGACCAAACAGACUCAAGAGGGAAGCAGUGCUACAGGGAAGCCUUGGACACCACAGAAACGUGGAACCUGCCCACCCAACCUCAUCAGGUGUCUCUACACAGAGCCCCCUCUGUGCCGCAAUGACACCGACUGCCAGGGGCGGCAGAAGUGUUGCUAUAACCGGUGUAGGUUCCGCUGCGUGGAGCCGGAGGAAGAGAAACCCGGCGUCUGCCCAGCUGAGGCCCCAGCGGGCGUCCUCGAUCCCUGUUUCUUCCGCUGCUCGGCGGACGAGGACUGCCUGGGAAGUGAGAAGUGCUGCGCCCUGAGCUGCGGUGCGGCCUGCCUGGAGCCAGGGCAGGACAUUUGCCAGCUGCCAGCCCAAGCGGGUCUCUGUGACGUCUACUCCUUCCGGUACUUCUACAACGCCACCGCCCAGAGGUGUGAGCCGUUCUUGUACCACGGCUGCCGGGGAAACGCCAACAACUUUAGGACAGAAGCCGAGUGUGUCCAGGCCUGCGCAGGCCACGAGAAGCCUGGCGAGUGCCCGGCCGUAGAGCAGGGACCGGCCAGGGCCUGCGAGAAGAGAUGCCGCCGUGACGACGACUGCCCAGGCGCCCAGAAGUGCUGCAGGAACAGCUGCGGCUCCGAGUGCCGCUCAGUGACCCCAGAAGUGAGGCCUGGAGUCUGCCCGGCGUUACCAGGAGGAGCCGUCGGUGCCUGUGAUGAGAGAUGCCGUUCCGACAGCGACUGCCCGGGCGCCCAGAAGUGCUGCAGCAACGGCUGUGGCCUGGCCUGCGUGGCCGUGGCUCUCAUCCCGGAGGUGAAACCCGGCGUCUGCCCAGCCCAAGCGCCAGCGGACAGCCUCAGCCCAUGCUUCUUUCGAUGUACCAAAGACAACGAUUGCCCGGGCCAGGAGAAAUGCUGCCGUCUCAGCUGUGGCUCUGCCUGCCUGAGACCGAAGCACGAGAAACCGGGGCUUUGCCCAGCAUUUAAAAUCAGAGACGAGGGGCCGCCCCUGACGCUGUGCUGGCAGGACAGCGACUGCCACAAGAGAGACAAGUGCUGCAGGAGGGGCUCCAGCUACGUCUGUGCAUCGCCCUCCCCCACGGCAGAGGAACCCGGCGCUGGCCCAGCCGCCCCCGAGGGGCACGGUGGGCAGAGAUGCCGCAGUGACUGGGACUGCCCGGGAGCAGAGAGAUGCUGCAGCCGUCGGUGUCGUGCAGAGUGCCCCACGCAGGGCGAAGAGGAACCCGGCGCUGGCCCAGCCGCCCCCGAGGGGCACGGUGGGCAGAGAUGUCGCAGUGACCGGGACUGCCCGGGAGCAGAGAGAUGCUGCAGCCGUCGGUGUCGUACAGAGUGCCCCGCACAGGGCGAAGAGAGACCCGGCAUCUGCCCGACGCUGCAGAGACCUGGCCUCUGUGUGGAGAAGUGCACCAGGGACACGCAGUGCCCCAGGGGGCAGAAAUGCUGCAGCACCGGGUGUGGUCACGUCUGCAUGGGAGUCAUCGCUGAAGUGAGGCCUGGAGUCUGCCCGGUGUUACCAGGAGGAGCCGUCGGUGCCUGUGAUGAGAGAUGCCAUUCCGACAGUGACUGCCCGGGCGCCCAGAAGUGCUGCAGCAACGGCUGUGGCCUGGCCUGCGUGGCCGUGAAGCUUGUCGUGAAACCUGGAGUGUGCCCAGCCAGAGCCCCAGGGGCCAGCCAGGAGCCCUGUCUAUCCCCCUGCGCCCAGGACAGUGACUGCGGAGGAGCUGCCAAAUGCUGCCGCCUCCACUGUGGCCCCACCUGCCUUGCCCCCCAGCACGAGAAACCGGGGCUUUGCCCAGCAUUUAAAAUCAGAGACGAGGGGCCGCCCCUGACGCUGUGCCAGCAGGACAGCGACUGCCACAAGAGAGACAAGUGCUGCAGGAGGGGCUCCAGCUACGUCUGUGCAUCGCCCUCCCCCACGGCAGAGGAACCUGGCGCUGGCCCAGCCGCCCCCGGGGGGCAUGGUGGGCAGAGAUGUCGCAGUGACCGAGACUGCCCGAGAGCAGAGAGAUGCUGCAGCCAUCGGUGCCACCAGGCAUGCCCAGCACAGGGCAGCGGGAAGCCUGGAUUCUGCCCCGUACGCAACGGGCUCUACGUCAGCUAUGAGUGCGAAGCCAGAUGCCGAGGGGACGGCGAGUGCCCCAGGGCCCAGAAGUGUUGCCUGCAGGGCUGUGACCACGAGUGCUUGGCCCCUUCGGAAGAGAAGCCCGGCAUCUGCCCCCUGACAGACAGGAUUGCGUCCGAGUCCCCCUUGUGCAGGUCCUCAUGCGCAGGGGACAAGGAGUGUGCGGGGGACCAGAAGUGCUGUGAGAGUGGGUGUGGCCGGACAUGCCAGGCCCCAGAGAGAGAGAAACCCGGCGCGUGCCCCAAGCAGAAGCCCUGGCAAACACUGGUGCCGUGCAGCGAGCAGGACGCCUGCGCUCAUGACCGGGAUUGCCCCAAGCAGGAGAAAUGCUGCUUCAGCGGCUGUGCCAUGCGCUGUGUCCCCCACUACAAAGAGCAUCCCGGGGCCUGUCCCAGGGCAGAGGCCUGCAGCGACCCGAGGCAGCCCCGUUCACACCAGUGCCUGGACGACCAUGUGUGCGAGAGACACGAGAAGUGCUGCGACACGGGGUGCCGCCGGGAGUGUGUGGCCGUGCGCACAGAGAGAGAGGACAAGUCUGGGGAUGGCCCCACUGACUCGUGCGUGGACGAAUGCAGAGCUGACGAGGAGUGUCCCAGAGGACAAAGGUGCAGAAGCAAUGGCUGUGGCCGUGUCUGCCAGAAAGUCCCCCGAGGCGUCUGCCCAAGGCCCCAGGGCUUUGGGUCCUGCGUGGAGUUGUGCUUUGCUGAUGAGGAGUGUCCCCGGGGACAGAAGUGCUGCAGCAAUGGGUGUGGCCACGUCUGCAUGACAGCAGUCACCGGAGAAAAGCCUGGCACCUGCCCACCGGACCCAGCAAAGUGUCGACACGCAGCCCCCCCAGAGUGUGACAGUGACCAUGCGUGCCCUGGGAGGAAGAAGUGCUGCUUUAGGACGUGUGCGAUGCGCUGCAUACACCCAGAGGAAGAUGCUGUAUAACGAGCGGGCCCAGCACCACAGGAGCUGAAAGGAAGCCGCCCCUUUAUCACGGGACGGCCCAUCGUUAGACCCCUUUCACUGGCCACGCCCUGCCAACGCAACUUCCAGACCCCUACAGACCCUGCAGCAAUAAACUGAAUGCCAGCGCCAGGCCCGAGUCUUAUGUUCCCUGCCCAGCUGGGCGUUCUAGCCACCAGCCCGCCCGUCGCUUCCCUUUCGGGGCGCAGCUGAGAAGGUGCCAGAUUUCCUCAAAUCCACCUUGUUGGAACCACAGAGCGGAGCCGCCUGCAGGCCCAACGCCAGCCCCUGGGGCAGAGACGCAGCUUCCUGCCUGCUGCCACCUCAGCAGCGCUCCCGAGACCCAGUGUACUGCAUGGGGCCAGCCCAGCCCUGCUGAGCCGAGGGAAAACGGGGCAGGGGGAGCGGACCAGGGAUGAGUCCUGCCCCGGGAGCCAUUAUUCAGUUAGAACUCAAGCCACUCGCUGGCUUUGCCCCCCAAGCCCCACCCCCCAAGCACA